CGCGCUGCUGCUGUUCUCUUCUUCAUUGCAAAGUUCGACAAACUCAAACUUCUGCUUUUUUUUUUUUAAACUACUAGAAGACCUUUUGGGAGGAUUUUCUUUCGUUCUGCUUUUCAAUGAAAUGCGGGGACGCGAACUCGACAGACUCCAGCGCAGUGGGCUGUUUGUGAGUCCACAGCCGCACGCAGCCCGUCUUCAUGUGGAAUUCUUAAUUGGAGACAUCACCGUGUCACUCGGAGCAGCCAUGCAACGCGAGCGCUUGCUUAAGGUCCUGGUCAUCGGUGACCUGGGAGUGGGAAAGACCUCCAUCAUCAAGCGUUACAUCCACCAGGUCUUCUCGCAACACUACCGGGCCACCAUCGGGGUCGACUUCGCCCUCAAAGUGCUCGAGUGGGACCAGACGACGGUGGUGCGGCUGCAGUUGUGGGACAUCGCCGGGCAAGAACGCUAUGGAAACAUGACCCGUGUGUACUACAGAGAGGCUGUGGGUGCGCUCGUAGUCUUCGACAUGACGCGCUUCUCCACCUUUCAGGCAGUUCUCAAGUGGAAAGGAGACUUGGACUCAAAGGUGGCUCUGGCCAAUGGGAGGCCUGUUCCUGCUGUUCUGCUGGCCAACAAGUGUGACCAGCGGCGACAUGGUCUGUGUCCCAAACUGCCUAAAAUGGAGAACUUUUCCAGAGACUAUGGAUUUGUUGGCUGGUUCGAAACCUCUGCCAAGGACAACACCAACAUCGACGCAGCUGUCACGUGCCUUGUGAAGAACAUCAUGGCGAUGGAGGACGACCGAAUCUUGAGUGGCGCCGCGAACAGAGCGGAGCUGGACGGUGGGCUGGUGCUGCCUCACUUUGACUACAACGGGAAGGAGAGGAGGCCCAAUGGAUGUUCUGGAUGUCCCACUCUCAAGUCCAGAGAAGUGGACUGACCGUGCUGACGCCCGGAUGAGAUGGACGAUGUUGAAUAUUAAAAUAAUUUAUGCGUUGUUAAGUCGAAUUCCCCUGAGAUUAUUGGCCAAAAAUGGACUGAAGAGAUUUUUUUUUUUAGGAUUUUAGUUCAAAUCUAACAGGAAACAGUCGUUUUUUGUGUUUUAAUUUCAAUAAAAAUGUUUAUUUGAGAAAUGUGAUUGAAAGCAGAAACGCAGAUUAUAUUCAAGCACAUCCGGAUAUUUCCCUCAUGAACAGGCCACGCAGUAAUAUUAUAUAUAGAUAAUAGAAAUCCCAUUUUCUUGAGUGUCACUCGUAAU